AUGUCGAAACGAAUUAUUCAAAAAGGCCCAGAACCUCUUACACCUAGGACUAUUUAUUCGAAUAAAUUGGAGGUUGAAGAAGAGCUACUGUUGGAUUUGACGAUGAAUUUUGACCCGUUUACUAUCAGCUCGCUUAAAAAAGAAUUUGAAAGCAGAGAAGGAGAACUGACACUUGAGGAAUUUGUUGUUAUUAUAAGAAGCCAUUUAAAGCACUGAAAGCCAACGCUGCAAAACAGAGAUAAAGUUAUGGUGAAACUUUUGUUGCAGCUGUUUAGAGAUAUUGAUAUGAAUGGAAAUGGGAAAUUGGAUUGAGACGAAUUUACAAAUUAUAUAAUAGAAAAAGCGACGACACUGAAUGGGAUGAAAAUAACUAGGGUGGAUUCAAUUAAUUUAUAACUUGUUUAAUGUGCACUAUCAGGUACUCGACCACAGCUACCUCCUCCAACACCGCUCUAGGGCUAAUUUCAAGCCAUUUUUCCCGGGUCCCCAAAGGUGUGGCCACCUCCGACUUUGAUCACUAAAAGAGGAGGCCAGUCUUGAAGUUUGGGCUUCGACGACUCUUGGCUAUCUACUUGGUCCUUCAGGCACCCUGAAGAUCCCAGUCUCCAAAGCCAGGGGUAGGUGGUACCCUUCUGGAAAUUAUUCACUAAUUUGAUCAGUUAAUAACGGACAUUUUUUAAAUGUUAAUUUAAAAUGUGUUAUAUAUUGAAUUUUUUUAGUUUUUAUAAUUUAAAUUAUUAAUGGUAAGUCUAUAAAUCAAUUAUAAACUAUUAGUAAAAACGAAAAGAAGAUUAAUUAAAAGCUAAAAUAAAAAUUUAAAAAGUUUACCAACUUUUAAAAUAAAUCUGUAGAUUUUAAUUCUAUUAAUUGAUAGGACUAAGCACUGUAAAACCUUCUUAUAACUCAGAAGGAAUCAUUGAAAAAUUAAUAAAUUUAGAGGCACUUGACAGAAUUGGGGUUAUUGAAGACUAUUCAAAUAUCGUAAAAUUCUAUCACCCUGAAACUGGCCAAGUUAUGGGAAGAGAUCUGCAAGUAAAAAAUGAAGAAUCACAAUACAUUGGCGGAGAUAAGGAUGGAAUUCCUUAUAGAGGUCCGAAAAAAGCCAUAGUCCAUAACGCAAUCUUUUUACCUGAUCCUGGGUAUCAAUUUCUGCUUACAAGCUGUAAUGACGGAACAAUAAGGACUUGAAGCUCAAAUGGCUCAAAUUUUCAUUCUUUAAAUUAUAAAGGAGGAUAUCCUAUCCUGUAUGCUAAAAGCCCACAAAGAAGUAUGGCAUGAAAUAGCAGUCAUGGAAUUUUAUAUUCAGGAGAUAAUACCGGGGCUAUUAAUAUAUGGAAUUUCGAGGAUAAAAAGAGAAGUGAGCCUAUAAAAGUCCUCAGAGAAGGCCACGAAGACAUGGUGACUGAUUUAAUUGCAGUCCCCAAGCUUGAGUUUUUAUUUUCCUGCUCACAGGACAGAAAAGUUAUACUUUGGGAUAUGAUUUCUGCAUCCCCUCGGAGAAUCUAUGGAAGCCACACAAAAGGUGUAUUAUCUCUUGCAUUUAACCCAGAGUAUCGUUUACUGUUUUCAGCUGGAUUUGAUCAUGAUAUUUAUGUAUGAAACCCUUAUAUAGACACUGUAGCUUUUAAAAUUGAAGGUCACAACUCUUCAUUAGUCGGAGUCAAAGUCCUCCAAGAUAGUCCACAAGUAAUAUCAGCUGAUAUUGAUGGCUGGGUAAAAGUUUGGGACAUUCGAAAUCUCAGCUGUGUUCAAACUUUUAAUUUGGAAGAAAAACAAUCAGGCACUCGUUUUUCUUUAUAUAAUUAUCAUUAAACCCUCACAAAAUAAAUUUAAAAUUAAAAAAAUUAUAUUUCACAAAAAAAGUAUAUCAGAUUUUACCUUUUUAAAAAAACAAGAAAGAAUUGUUUUUGGUGGAAAAGGACUUGCUUUUUAUGAUUACGAUAAAAAUUUGAACCCAAAUUUCGUAGAUGACAGCUUACCAUUAGCAUCAUUUUACACCCCAAAUUAUUAUAAAUUUAUUACUCCGAUUAUGAAUAAAGUAAAGGUAUGGAAUGCGUUUACAGGGAAGCCAGAAAACAUGUAUGCAGCCUCAGCAGAUAGUGAUAUUUCAUGCGUAGAAAUUGAUGGAUGGGAAAAAAGAGUUUUUGUAGGAGAUACCAGAGGACAUACAAGGGUUUAUAAUAUAAAGAAUGGAGCAUUAAUGAAGCAGUUAGCAGACCAUAAAGGAGAAGUCAACUGUAUAGCAAGUUCAGAAAAAGGGCAGUUUAUAGCAACUGGGUCUUUAGAUAUGACUAUCAUGAUACACGAAGACAAAUCAUUAAGCGAUUCAGUUGUUUUGCAGACCAUUGAUAAUUUAGGCUGCGUCAUUCCAGUUAUCAAAUUUGUAUAUUAUUUAGAAAUUUUGGUUAUUGGGACUAGUGAAGGGGUUAUCCACAUCUGGGACACUGAAGAUGCAACUUAUGCAGGCCAGCCAAUGGUCCAUCAAGGCGAGCUUAUUGUGAUCCAAACUAUUGAUCUUAUGCCACUCAUUAUUGCUUGUGAUUCUCUAGGUGAAAUAAUCCUGUGGGCUCUUCACCCACUUCCUUAUAAAUACAACAAAGUAUUUUCCUAUACAAACCGAGACCCAGACGGAGUAACCUCAGUAGUCCAAGGAAUUUCUUAUUUAUUGUCAAAACAUAUACUCUUUACAGGUGACGACCGAGGUAACUUACAAGCAAUUUCUUUUAAAGGCAUAAUUGACCUUUUAUCAAUAGAGCCAUUAUCUACUGAUGGACGAGAAAAUAAAAUGAUGUCAUUGGUAAAUAAAUCUAUAUUAGCAGCUCCAAAUAUACCUAGUGACACCCUUAUAGUCUUAUAUUCAAUAAAGCUGCACACAGAGUGCAUAAGGCAUUUAUUUUUAAUUAGAGAAAACGAAACUUUAAUUACAACCAGCUAUGAUAAAAUGGUGAAAAUCAUUUCUGCAGAAGAUGGAAGGAUGGUUGGCUGCUUGCAACAAGGAACAGCUACGGUUAAAAAUAAAACUGCUACUAGAAAAGAUCAAGAAAGUCAGGUCCCUUGGCAUUUUUAUUUAGAUGUAAACAAGUUCACUAAAAGAGAUGAGGCUGAGUUUAAUUAUGUGUAUGAGAAAAUAAGAAAAAAGGAAUAUAUUGGACAAUCAAUUUAUGAGUCGCCGAGAAUUCAUGAAGAAGGCAGGAAUUUUAUGACUCCACAGAAUCCUGAGAAACUUAGCAAGGAGUUUGAUUAUGAUCAUGGCAAUUAUCACUUUAGCGUCACUAGUCCUAGAGUUGUUGCGUUAGCUGCAAAUAAAAAAGAAGAUUUGACUAAACAAUAUACAGUGAAAAAUGCGAAAAAUGGGGUAAUCACUUUUGAUUUAUUGCUGCAUAAAGCUUCAAAAGCAGAAAAGCAAGACCAAUUGACAAAAAUUCAAAGCCAAAGGACCCUGAAAAAAGAUAAGAAAAUUAAAUACCGGAAAACUGAAAAUAAUUUAACGAAUUUAGCGAGACGAGGAAGCAGAAUCCCUGCUUUACCUUCUCUUUCAAGAAUAUAUAGAGAUGAAGGAGAAAGAAAUGACUUGCCUUAUAAAAAGAAAAUCAAUCAAGCAGCUUUAAAAUCAGCAGCAGACUUAGCAGAUGCUCUGAACGAGCCGUUUUUCUAG